AAACUAGGCUUCCUGUGACAGGCGAGGAACAGAGCCCGUAGGGAAGAGCUACACGGUGGUGAAGGAAGAGCUUGAAUUUGAUGUGUUAGUGCCUUUUCUCUCGGAGAUGCAAGGCUGUCACCUAAAGAUGUUGACUCCUCUGCUACUUCUCCUGGGACUGGGUUCUGUGUUUGGUGCUCUCCUCUCUCAAAAGCCAAGCAGGGCCAUCUGUCAACGUGGGACCUCCGUGACGAUUGAGUGUCAUCAGGUUGAUAGCCAGCUCGCCUCGAUGUACUGGUACCGUCAGCUUCCAGGACAGAGCUUGGUGCUGAUGGCUACUGCCAAUCAGGGCUCCAAGGCUACUUAUGAGAGUGGGUUUACUGACAACAAGUUUCCCAUUAGCCGCCCGAAACUGGAGUUCUCAACUCUGACUGUGAGCAACGCAAGCUCCGAAGACAGUAGCUCUUAUUUCUGCAGUGCUGGAGACACAGUGCUGGGCACAGAUCAAGGGUCUCAGCAAGAACCCCUCUGCCUUCCACCCAGCUCUCAGCCAGGUUCUGUAUUCGGUGCUCUCCUCUCUCAAAAGCCAAGCAGGGCCAUCCAUCAACGCGGGACCUUCGUGACAAUCGAGUGUCAGGUCGAUAGCCAGGUCAAUUUCAUGUACUGGUACCGUCAGCUUCCAGGACAGAGCUUGGUGCUGAUGGCUACUGCCAAUCAGGGCUCCAAGGCUACUUACGAGAGUGGGUUUACUGAAGACAAGUUUCCCAUUAGCCGCCCGAAACUGGAGUUCUCAACUCUGACUGUGAGCAACGCAAGCUCCGAAGACAGCAGCUCUUAUUUCUGCAGUGCUGGAGACACAGUGCUGGGCACAGAUCAAGGGUCUCAGCAAGAACCCCUCUGCCUUCCACCCAGCUCCCGGCCAGCCUGUGGGAUCUCAGUUCCCCAACCAGGAAUUGAACCCUCAACCCUGCUUUGGAAGUGUGGAGUCUUAACCACUGGAUCACCAGGGAAGUCCAUGUAUCAAUUUAUUUCUGUUGUAGACUGGGCAGGGAAUGGCGAAAGCACUCCUUUCCCCACCUUCACAGGGCUGACGUCUUGUUAUCCAGGUCUCACCUCAAAUACCAUCUCCCCAGAGAGAGCUUUCCUAACCUUCUAUGCUCACAUAGUACCUGUGGACCCAGCCACCAGUUACUCACAUUUAUUAUCACUUUAUCCUAUUUCAAUAACGCCUAAUCAUUAGUCAGUUCAGUUCAGCCACUCAGUCAUGUCCGACUCUUUGUGGCCCCCUGGACUGCAGCCUGCCAGGCUUCAGUGUCCAUCACCAAAUCCCAGAUCUUGUUCAAACUCAUGUCCAUCAAGUC